GAGAUGUGCGGAAAGAACGCAGCAAGAGGAGAGGAGGAGGAGGAGGAGGAGGAGCGGGGGGGAUUUCAAACUGAGUAGGUGUCGAAUAGCGGAAGAGCGUUGAUGGCUCCCUUCUUGGCAGGAGGAGGAGGGAGAAUGGGAGAAGGAGGAGAGGUAAUACGUGGAGAACUAGCCAUCCUUCGGAAGAUGCUUUGUCAAACAGGAUGAGAGUCGUACGACAACAGCACAUCAUCUUUCGGCAUUGGCAGAUCAUCCGGAGUUCGAGCCGUGCGCGAUGUGACAGCCGCGUUGUUGAGGGUCUACGGGGACAGGAUAUCGUGGCCGACGGGGGUGCGUAAACAGGUGGUGCUACGGGCGUUUCAGGACAAGGGCUUUCCCAACUGCCAUGGCGCAGUUGACUGCACACACAUCUACGUGGACAAACUGGCGAACGCUCCGAGCGAGAACUACUUCGACCGCAAGCACCGUUUCUCCGUCAUUGCGCAGGUGGUGGUGGACCUGGAUCUGCGUGUGCUUGACGUCUUCGUUGGCUACCCGGGCAGCUGCCACGACAUUUGGGUGAUCCAGCUGUCAAGUCUGUUGAGGCGCGCGGAAGAGGGAACGCUUUUUCGCGGGCCGCCUGUAACGCUGUCGGGAGGGGUGAGGACGAACGGAUACAUCUUGGGCGACAACGGGUAUCCUCCUUCAGAAUGGAUAGUGGUGCCGUACGGAGGAAUCAAUCAGCACCCGGACGAGGAAAGGUUCGACAACAAACAAAAGGCCGCUAGAGGUGCUGUGGAGAGGGCGUUCGGGAGGUUGAAGGGGAUGUGGAGGUUCUUCCUUCGGUCGCACAAGACGAACUUGGACACUCUACCGCAGCAGUUCACGGCCGUCUGCAUUCUCCACAACAUCCUGCUCGAUGCCGGAAUCGAGUUCGACAAAAACUUGUUGUGGGAGGUCGACGAGAACGGGGUGAGGCGGCGAGUGGACCUGGGGAUGCAUCGUCCACUACAGCCAGUGACGAUGCUGACAUCGACGGACGCCGCACACACGCUCCGCAAUGCCCUAGCGGAGCGAAUGAAACACAUUUGAUCGUGCGUGUCGCGCCACUCUGCCUCACGUACACAAACAGAAGCCGUGUGCGUCCGUCGUGGAGUCGCGAACGAUGACAUGGAGUUAG